GUCAACAAACAGCGUCGAUUCGCACUAAAAUCCCAAAAAAACAACAAUUUCUGCAUAAAACCAGUAUUUAGAAUCCUGUUCCUGUCGUUUAGUGAAAAGAUGAGAUCGAGAUGCACGAAAAUAGUGCACUUUGAUUGAGAAAAUCGCGGAAAUUUGAACCAAGAGACGCUCGAAUAAUUUUUAUAUAAAAUAUGGGUGAAUAUCGCUGCGUGAAUUUUUACGAAUUGUGUCGCUUGUGCACCGCUAGUCAAGGCAAAAAAGUGCACAUUUUCUCGGAAGAGGGCAAGCAGAAGAGCUUGCAACUGAAAAUAAACAAGGGACUUUUGAUAAAUGUGGACGAAAAUGACAAACUCCCGAAAAUUCUGUGUACGACAUGUGUGCAGCAGGUGGAGACCAUCUACGAAUACAAAAACGGCUGUUUGCAAGCCCAAACGUUGCUCGAGGGCUGUUUGACGAGUUCCAAGCUGCGAAAUGGAGGUCAAGUUUACAUCAAAAGUGGAACGCCGCAGCAACAACAAGCCACUGUUGCAACUUUGGGCAAUUUAAAGAGCGAAGCACCUCCGUUGGCGCCCAGUUUCACGAUAACAGCGACGCCAAAAAUGACGACGAUGCCCACACAAGUCGCCGCUCCCACAAAUGUCAGUUCGGAUUUCUUGAGCAGCAUAAUUCAAGCGGUUGGGAUCCAAGCAAAUGAGGAACAUAACGAACCCACGGUGGUCCAACAACCAGCAAUGCCGCAAUAUACGCUGACAAUUGACGGACAAACGUUGAAAGCGAGUCCAAUUCAGUAUAAAGUUGAAACGACGCCGACUUUUAAUUUGCAACCGAGUGCGUCGACAAGUGCUGAUUCGACGGAAAUGUCCGGCAGCAUCUCCGUGGAUGAAUUUUUGAAGCUGAAAAGUACGCCGAAGAGCACGCGCAAAGUGCAACCCGUGAAUUUCGAGCUGAGUGGCAUGACAACGAACGUCACGAAAAAAGCAAAAAUUGAAUUAGACAAGAAACCGAAGAUAAAUCUCGUGUUAUCGACACCGACGAAGCAACAACAAACGAUACCAAUGACGAUUCCGGCUUCGAUGACGAACCAACAGCCGAAAACGAUCUCGUUGCAGCAACUUUUGCAAUCGGCCAAUAAGCAACCGCAGCAGCAGCAACAACAACAACAACCGCAAACGUCAAUGGUGCCGCUAAUCAUCAAAAGUGACGGCACAAUUGAAGCCAACAACCAAAUUUUGUCCCAAUUAAUUGCGAAUAACGAGUUGACGCCGACGAAACAACCACCGCAACCGCAAUACACGCAGCCCGCACAACAGCCAACCACCUACGUUCAACUCAAAAUCCAACAAAACCCCGAUGGGCAGCCCACAGUUCAACUCAUGCCGCAGCAAAUCCCCCAAACGGUCCAACUUUCGACACAAGCAUUCCAAAAUCUCAAUAUUCAGCAACAAAUUCAGCAGCAAAUCCAGGCACAGCUCGCCGCACAAGCCCAGCAACUGCAGCAACAGCAACAAAGUCAAGUUCAGAUCACGUCGCAGCAACUUCAGACGGCUUUUAAUCAAGCAGCAGCACAACAACAACAACAACAACAGCAGCAACAACAACCCACCAUAUCGAUCGCGCCAUCGCAACAAGCGCACAUUAUCCCGCAACAAAUUCAAACGACGCCCCAGCAACAAGUCUCGGUCGACACGCAAGUCUCCCAAAGUGACAUCACGAUGGAAGCAACUUCCUUCGAGGAGCCCGAAGACAAGCCAGUGACCGUGAAAAGAAAUUACGGCAAAAAACCGAAGGAAACGCCACGUCCUGCCACCCAAACAUCACAAAAGCCGCAACAACAAACGACCGCGACACCACCGACUGUCACACAAACCGCGCAACAAUCGCCGCCGAAGCAGCAAGACAACACCGGAAAUAAUUCCGACACAGAUGCGCCGCCAACGAUCGAGUCAAUGAUGGCGCAACAACAAAUGCAGCUCAUUACGGCGAUUAAGCACGAAGGAAAUGAUCCGCCGGUGACACUGACGACAUGCGAUGUUUGCAAGAAGGUCUUCAAACGGAAGGAACAUCUCAUGCAGCAUUUGAAAUCGCACGUGGGACUGAGACCGUUCAAGUGCGAGGAGCCCGGUUGCAAUAAAUCGUUUAGUCGGAAGGAGCAUUUGUUGCGACAUGUUGUCAGUCAUACGGGAAAGAAGAUGUUUUCGUGCGAUUUGUGUCACAAGUUCUUCUCGCGCAAGGAUAAUUUGAACAAGCAUCGACGUACUCAUCCCGAAGUCGGCGGAGACAACGUCAAAGGCAAGAAGGAAAAAGUUCAAGAAGGCGCCGAAACGAAUCCAAUCGUAACCAAAAUUAAAGCCCGCAAAGCAAAACAAACAAAGCAAGACGGUCUCGAAGAAGGCGAAGUUGUCCCGCAAUCACAGCAGCAACAACAACAACAAUCGCAACAACUCCUGCCGCAACCCACGUACCAGCCAAUUAAGAUCACACAACCCUCAGAUACUCUCACGCAGAUGCAAAGUCAACCGAUUCAGAUCCAAAUGACAUCCACCGCCACACCCAGUAACACCGUACAAACGAUCGGCACGUCGCAACCGCAAAUCCUGCAGCUGCCGUGCAUCGUGAGCACGAGCCAGGGGCAACAAGUACCAAAUAGUCAGACGCAGCAAAUUGCGUACACGACAAACCAAACGACGACGCAAGCCACCAAAACGACAUAUAUCAAGGCCGUGACAUCGGCAGACGGCAACACGUUGUACACGAUACCGCUGAUGCAGCAAUCCAACUACAUCACGACAAAUGCGCAGGGUGAAUUACAAUUGGGCGGAUUCAAGAUCGAAAAUAGUUAAAACUUUUAAUUUUUUUUUUCUGUGAAAAAAUUUUUUUAUGUGUUUUGUUUCCGUGCCAUUUCUUUAAUUGUUUUUUUAAAAUUUACUCUGGAAUCAAGUAAAAUGACGUAAUUUUGCUCUCUCUUGCCCUAAUUUUAUCAAAGAACUUGAUAAAUAUUUGUUGUCGCAUUUUUCAGACAUACAAAAAAAAAACACACAUUUUUCCUAUUGCUGUAAAUUUCUCUAUAUUAAUUAAUUACUCUGUAUG